AUGGCAGCGGGAGAGCUCCAUCCGGGUGAAGGCUGUCUAAAGACCCUCAGUGUGCAGACAUGGAAGGGGAUCAUGCCAUGCUAUUUCCUGGGAAUUGGGGGUACUAUCACAAGGCACAGAAUGUCACCACCAGGGGAUCCAGCACCUUCACAUCCGCAGGCAAUUCAGCCUGAUGCAGAUCAUUCCAUUGUGAGACUUUGCUUGACCUGAGCAAUGGGCCUGGGACUCUCGCUGGCAUGGUGUCGCCUGUCAGUACCUCUCACACUGAUACCUGUGCAUCAUAGGUAUUAGUGUGAGAGGUACUUAUAGGCGACACCAUGCCAGCGAGCGUUUUGCUGCUUUGUUUGCUUGUCAUGCUUUUUACUUAGUUGCUGACUCCAUGCCUCUCUAAAAGCUUAUGCACUCUCUGUGCGGGGCAGUCACUCUAUGAAUACUCUUGAGCUUCCUGUGGGUUUCUCUCUUUGUUUUGCUACCAGCACCCGUCUUACAGUUCUCAACUGUUCAUUAGCACGUCCUCACCAUAUGUUUUAAACUGCCAUCUGAUAUAUGGCUACACCUCAGGCAACAUUCUCCGUGUAGAUUCACUCAUAUGCAAAAGAGAAAACAAACAGAGAACCAAAUAGUGCAAUAUGUCCAGUCGUAAUAAAGCAAAUAAAUAUAAAAAGCUGGUCUAAAACUCACAUGUACCAUUUUAUAUAUUUUCAAUACUAUUAUUUUAUCCAGUGAGCACUAUUGGUUGUCUUAUUUCAGUGUUGAACAUACCCUUGACGAAGGAAGUUUAGCCCAUAUCCCAUAAGUGGGGAUUGUACCGCUGUAGGCCUUUCACACUAGAGCUCUUGUACAUGUGAGUUUUAGACCAGCUUUUUAUAUUUAUUUGCUUUAUUACAACUGGACAUAUUGCACUAUUUGGUUCUCUAUUUGUUUUAUCUUUUGCAUAUGAGUGAAUCUACACGGACAAGGACAGCGAGGACAUUGUUCCUGACCAAGCACCUUAUAGACUCUGUGAUCUCAAUAAGAGCAUUCUAGUUAAGACUCUUUUAUUUUGGACUAUCUUUUAUUUUAAUUCUUGUAUGAUAUUAGGUCUCUCUGGCGCAGCCCUUAUCUCCUCUUUUUCUCUCUUGUUGUAUUCUAAGGGUUUUGAGGGACUCCCUUAUAGGGUUGCUGCCCUAUUUGUUAAUUAGCGCUUACUCUUUUCUCUUGUUUAAUUCUCACUGUGCCUGUAUUACCUCUUGAAAUAUAUGCUGACAUAUCUACUAUCGUUUUUAUUUUUCAUUAAAAAAGUGACUGUUAAAUUUGUACGAUUACCCUCAUCUCGCUUGUGUUAAUCUACUUAACUAACGUGAUAUACUCCUUUCUGCAUGUACUUGUUUCGCCCACUCAAUAAAAAAAUUUGAUUGACAAACAAAAAGUGGUAUGGUGCAAAGUUCUAGAAGGCGGGCUGUCAUCAUCAAAACCAAUGGAAUUAGCGGAAACAUUCUGUUGGCUUUUACUCUUUGUCAAUUUUGAGUUUUGGAAAUUUCCCACCCUGUUCCUCCUUAGUCGAUAUCUCUUUUAUACAUAGUGACUGUAAUGGUGUAUUAAAUCUAAUAAGCAAUGCUUUGCUUUAAUAGCUCCUUCACAUAAUGUGGACCUUUGGAGACUGAUCUUUUCAUCACCUGGGAAUCGGUCAGUGCAGCUGAAAUGGAAGGUACAUGUUUAUUUUAUUUUUUUUUAACACAUUCUCUUUGUAAGACAUAACAUCCUCAUCAGAAGUAAGGCCUUCAUUAUUAUUAUUUUUUUCUGUCUUUAUUUUAAUUUUCAAAUAGUCAAUGACAAUUAAAGAAAGCCUGGGAGUGUUGGUAACUCCCAGAAUAAAGUAGUAGGAGUAUAUACAGUGAGUCAAAUAGUUAAUCAUAUCCUACUGACACUAAUCAGAAGAAAUGUUUACCUCAAUGGAUGUUGUCACCUGAGGACUGUCAGAAGAAAGUUAGUGAGACAAAAGUCAGUCAAGUGUCCUACUCCUUAAGCUACAUAGGUCACCUAACUUGAAAGUAAAGCACAUUUUUAAUACAUAAUGUUCAAAAAAAUACGUUUUCCCAGCCUUAUACAUUUUUUUAUAAAAUGUUUUUGUUUAACAUUUAGAAUUUGUGCUUAUUUCUUGUAAACACUUUGUAAGUUCUAUUAAAGCUCCAUUGUACAAUUUUGCUGAAGGACAUGUAUAGCUGCCUUUACAUAGAAUCAGCUGACUGAUCUAUAAACCUUUGUUUAGGAAAGGCGCACAGUAAAACCAUCCGGAAUAACCUUAGGCUACAGAAUAAAGUGGUUCCCUACAGACUGGACGUUCCUCCAAAGAACAGAAACCACAAUUCUAAAUGAAAUGACCAUCCAUCUUUCUGGUGAAGCAUACAUGGUCUCCGUUGUGUCGUACAAUUCGGCUGGGGCCUCGCCUGAGGCGGUUCUACGAAUUCCAGCUGUUGCUGAACAAAGUAAGUCAUGGCUUGGAGGAAAAAUGACUUUUGAUUAUGUUAUUAUUAACAUAGCGCCAACAAAUUCCGCAACGUCUUACAAUGGGUGGACCAACAAACAUGUAGUUGUAACCAGACAAGUUGGACACACAGGAACAGAGAAGUUGAGGGCCCUGCUCAAUGAGCUUACAUGCCAGAGGGAGUGGGGUAAAGUGACACAAAAUGUAAGGGUAGUAGCUUAUUAACAAUGGGGCAGUUGGGGUAGUUAUCCUUUGGCCCAAUGAUGUGAAAAUUAAUACAAUAAAAAACAGAAAUACAUUUAUAUUAAUAGUGUUAGCUCACUAGUUUAGUAUGUAAAUAUAUUGCCACGAGUGCAUGCUUUAACAGGUGUGUUGUCGCCAUCUAUUAUACUAGCCAGACACAUAUAUUAUUGUUUUUUUUGCACAGACAUUGGAACUCAUUGUGUAGCUAAAGUUCAAUAAUUAGAUGUAACAUUUUAAACAAGCAACUUCCUGCAUUACCGUUAAUAUGAUAAUAUAUCUAAUCUGGUGCUUGGUCAACCACAAUCCAUUAAAUAUAAACUCACCUGGCAACCAUGUUUUACGGUUUAUAGAAUGCACUUUCCCUUUUCCAUCUGCGUAAUUAUACCCCAUUACUUUUCAGUCUGUACGCUAGUUUGAGUCUGUACACUUUGUUUCCUUUUUUUUUCCCGUAGCUCCAACUUGUUGACACUACUUGUUUGUUUGUCACCUGUGGCACAGCUCAGCAGAUCUGCUUGUGCUUUAUAAAUAACCACUGAUAAAAGCACUGUCGUAAAUUGCUCUAACACCCAUAAGUGCCACUUUCUGCUGUGUCUUAAAAUAUUUAGAAAUCAAACACGUUGGUUACUAAGUUAUGAAUUGCCAUUUAUUUACACUUGUUAUAGUUUUAAUGGUUAAAGAAUCCAGUCUGUAAAGCAUGAAGAAUUCCGUGGAAUAUUUGUGGAGAUCAGUUUGAUAUUUAAAGAAUGAAUCAACUCAAAACUCACAUAUGCAACAUUCAGCAUUGUAAUAAAAACUAUAAUAAAGGGAGCUAUGUUUAAAAAAAAAAAAAAGUUGUGUGCUAAAAAAAUGGUAUAAAUGACUACAACUGGGACAGUCACUAUGGAAACCACCACUUUUAAAAACAGACUUUUUAUACAUAACCCCUAAAGUCCCAAGGUCAACACUAACUAUUAAGAUUAAUGAGAGAAAUACGUAUUACUCCCUACAUACAUAUUGAGCAUUUGUGGCAUACUAAAUGGUUUCCAAUUGCAUACACCUGUAAAAUCUUUAUUUUAUUCUCGAUCCUAAUUAAGUAUCCCUCUCAUGCUUAGCUGAUAUUUACAAAGGCAUCGGAUGUAGAGUUUGACCCAAAACAGAAAAUAUUGUGGAUGCAUCCAUUCAGUGACAAGCUGUGUUAAUCAUAAAGGAGUAUAAAAUACUUUUCCGCUGGUAUCAUACUGCUCUGUGAUUAUUGAGCAAUAACAAAAUACCAAAAAAUAACUGCUGGAAACUCUUUGGGUAUAACAUUGGCUUUGCAGAUUGGAAGGUCCCAAACAAAAGCUGUUAUGGAAACAUCUAUCUAAUCUAAUCUCUGUUUAUAAAAAAAAAAAAAGGAAAAACAUUGAAUCCAUAAUUAUCACUGUUAUUGUCAAAAUCAUCAGAAAUAAUGACCAGAGCAGAAAAUAAACUGACUGCAAAACAGACACUCUCCGGCAUUAGAGCUGUAUAACAGAAUUAAGAAACUCCAGUCAUCUUCCAACUAUGACCACGUUCAUAUGUAAAUCAAGAGAACCCAAGGAAACAGGCAGAAGAUUAUUUAUUUUUUUGGAAAAUUUCCAUCUUUUUUUCUCUUCUCUGUUUUUCCUACGUUCACUCCUUUCUUUCCAAUCUUUCCCUCACCUUACGGUUUGGUUGUUCUUAUGCUGUUAUCUUUCUCUUGUAGUUAUAGUUAUUUACUUCAUUUAUACUAUCCUUGAUCCUUUAUGGAUAUCAUAGCUUAAUCCACAGAGGCUACCACUUCAUCUAUAGCUAUCGUUCAUCACAAGCUCCUAUAAUAAUUUUCAGACUGCCUAGGCCACACUUUUCCCUUUUGGUCCACGUCAUGUGUCCGCUUACCUAAUCUAUAAAAUCCACUGGUGUUCAAAUAAAGGUUAAUUGAAAACAACCAAAACUAGACUAAAAUAUUGGAAAAGAAGAUGAAUUUGUGAAUUCUCCAAAAGCUAUUUGUUUUUGUUUUUUAAUUUUGCUUUUUCAAUUUACCUCAAUUCAUUGUUUAAUAAAGAAAACUACAAAAGCUACUGUGAGCUAUAACUAGGAAAUUUCAAUUUCCAAAAUAGCCAGAAUUUGUGACUGUAGUAUUUGUGACUGAAAAUGUUAAAUUUGAUGGUUUAGUCUCCACAGUUACGUUUCCUGUUAAACAUGUGAUACACAUUAAAUCUGUAUUUUUGCCUUUUAGCUCGCAGUCUCGUGAACUAUAUUCAGAUAGUAAAGUGGGGUGAAAACCUGACGGUAAAGUGGAAUGUCACAGAAGACAGAAUUGAUAGAUUUCUAGUGGAGUGGUGUAUAGCCUACGAAACAAAGGUUUGUGACAUACAUUGGGAAUACCUUGAAAACGCCACAGGAUGGACAACGCAAACAGGUACUACGUUUCUGCUUUGAGAAACUCUUUUAAGUAUAUUUAAAUUGAAGAUCUUCGGGACCUAUAGCAUUCCACAUUAAUAAGUAAAUCAAAAACUCUAGCAGAAUUUCUAUUCAUUAAGGACGAAGUUAACACUCACAGGGUUGUCAACUCAAGUGUGACUUAUCAGGAAUUAAAAUUCUAUAACAAAAUAGCCAGAUCAGCUGUGUUAUUGAGUGAUUUUUGAAUUUAAAAUUAAUUUUGAAUUCCCCAUAAUUCAAUCUAGCAGAAGAAUUACAUAAACAAGACAUUAAAGGGACACUAUAGUCACCAAAACAACUUUAGCUUAAUGAAGCAGUGUUGGUGUAUAGAACAUGCCCCUGCAGCCUCACUGCUCAAUUAUCUGCCAUUUAAGAGUUAAAUCACUUUGUUUAUGAACCCUAGUCACACCUCUCUGCAUGUGACUUGCACUGCCUUCCUAAACACAUCCUGUAAAGAAUCAUCUACAAUUUAUCCUUCCUUUAUUGUAAGUUCUGUUUAAGUUAGAUUUUCUUACCCCCUGCUAUGUUAAUAGCUUGCUAGACCCUGCAGGAGCCUCCUGUAUAUUUACAGAGCAGGAGAUGAAAUUGUUUAAGGUAAAUUACAUCUGAUUGAAAGUGAAAACAGUUGUUUUUUUUUCAUGCAGGCUCUGUCAAUCAUAGCCAGGGGAGGUGUGGCAAGGGCUGCAUAAAUAGAAACAAAGUGACUUAACUCCUAAAUGGCAGUGAAUUGAGCAGUAAAACCGGAGAGGCAUGAGCUAUAGACUAAAACUGCUUCAUUAAGCUACAGUUGUUUAUAGUGUUCCUUUAAAGAUAAUCACUACCAUUCAAUUGCAUUCACACACUCCGAAGAAUAUUCCAUUGAGUAUAUCACUUUGUUUUGCACCCUCUUAGGGAUUUCUUAGUUUAGUAUUCCUAUACAUAAUAUCAUGACAAAAAAUAAAUUAGGAGUAUUAGAAAAGUUGAUUAAUUCAUAUACCAUUAAGCAUAUAGUGACCCAAGUUGUCAUAGUGACGAUCUAAUGUCCACAAUAGAUGUGUUGAUUGAAAAAGAGCCCUACUUUAACUGUGGGAGUCAUGUAGUAAACAGAGAAAGAAAAAGGGUGAGGGAGUUUAUCAACCAAAAAAGUUGUACAGAUGUCUCUCCCCAGAAAAGGACAUAAAGAUGUUUUUUAAAAAAAAUGUUUUAAAGUUGUUUGAGGUAGAUAUAGCUGUAGUGAAAGAAAAGAUUUAUUACAUUACAAAACAGGUUUAUAAGGACACAUUUGAGAUUUGCCAAUAUGGUCUAAUGUAUUUGGCAUCCAUUUUUUUAGUUUUCCUUUUAUUCAGCUCCUGUGGUCCUUUUUGCUGUUAUGAAAUGGAUUAUGAUUCAGUGGAUUUAUGUACGGUUUCCAUGUUGCAAUGUUUGUUUCACAACACAAGUGCUAUAUGUGCAAGUGCAAUAUUAUUCAUGGCCUAUAUUUGCUGUAUUGAGGUUGUUAAAACACAAGUAAAAAAAUUAAGACAGGAUGAUUAAGAUUCUUUUUUUUUUUUUCACAAGUGGUAUCAUUUUUAUCAGUUAUAUUGUCAACAUAAUUAACAUUUUACAUUGAUUAAGCAAUGAUUUGAAAUUUGCAGAAAAGCCCAUUUCUCCCCCAAUUAUCUUCUACAGCAACAUCAAGAAGGAGUAUUUCUAUUAAUGUAGUUUACUUCUGAAGAUAUUAGCAAUAAUGUGUUUGGGUGGCAACUGUGAUGUAUGAUUGAUUUGAUGUCCUGGUUAUUAUCCAUGGCACCAUAUACUAAUAUACUUUACUAAUUGGUUAGCUCCUUUCAUUAUAGCCAACGGGUCAGGGAAAUACAGGCUUCAGGAUUUUAGCCACAUUGAGUAGAAAGUUAAAGAUUUAAAAAAAAAAGAAAAAAAAAGAAAAGUAUAAUAGGAAAGAGGGGUCAAAGUAUGAUUGUGGCUGCACUGGGACCAGACCGCUCAGGUGACCCAUUGGGUGGUCCAUGCACUUAGGGCCAACCGAUAGUGUUUUCAUGUGCCCGGUCAUGAGCUGCCCCUGUGAUAUAUUGGCGGUGCUGGGAGGAAGUGACAGACAAUCACUUCCUCCUAGAUAACCCAGAACCGGAAGGGAGCACAGACUGGUAGAACAUCUGACUUCCAACAGCCUCAGUCAGCAGACUGGACCACAGGGAAGCCACACUCCUGCACCCAAAAGAUAGGAAAUAGGAGGGUGGCUUAAAAUGUGUAUAUUUUGCAUGUGUGUGUAUCUUCAUCUGUGUAUAUAUCUGUGUGUCUGUAUCGAUCUUGACACUUCCAAAUGAUUUCAGAGAUCACUAUAGGAGUCCUACCUCUUCUAGCUGAACUCUUCCAAUGUAGUUUCCCGGUGCAUUCCUCUCUGGGAUGUGUGGCCACCAUCCUCCUUUUUAAAUCCUACUUUAAAUCUUGUUACAUCAUAUAUUUUUUUUCCCUCCCCAACACUCUCUUAACUCCCAUACCUCUACCCUCCUCAAAUUAUAUGUCUCUCUCUUGCACAAUUUUCCACUUUCCCUUUUUUGUUACAGCUAAGGUAGCCAAAAAUUACACCUCACGGUUAGCAAACCAUCUUGGCAGGCUUUACAUACAUUAUAGAAUGUAAUAUUUAUAGGUUUAUUUACCUCAUAGCAAUGUAAUAUUUAUAGGUCUAUAUACAUUAUAGGCUGUAACAUAAUGACAGAUUUCCAUUUUCUGUUGUUUUGACUUUUUCCCCCAGGAAUGUUUGAACCGUAUAAAUGUUAUAAAAUAUCAAUUUAUCCAUUACUGGGAGACAGAGUGGAAGCUUCAUCUUCUUUAUAUUUCUAUUUCAAAGAAGGAGGUAAGAUAUUUAACUUUCUAAUCUUGUAUUCUUACCUUUUAGACUUUGUAAGUACUUUUAAGAUAACCCGCUCUGUGGGCAGGACGGUGGCAGACACUGUGUCUUUGUUUUGUUCAAUGUAUAUCGUCUUUUCAUAUUUCAUCAUUCUAUAUUCUUUCUUUAAUAAUUUCAGCACCUCAGCAUGGCCCCAUUGUAAUUCCACAGAGUCCUUCUAAAACAGAAGUUACAUUGAAAUGGGCGAACAUCCCCGUAGACGAUAGGAAUGGAUUUAUAAGAAACUUUACUAUAGUUUAUCAACCUUUGAAUGGAAUGGAAUCUGGUAAGCUACAUUUUCACAGUUGAUAGCACCAACAUCUUGAGCACAAUUUUUAAAAGGGAAGAAGGCCCUGCCUUUAUAUAUCUGCCAUCUUAAAUCCUCAUAGAUUGUAAGCUCAUAUUGUUAGGUGUCUUCCCAGAUGCACUUCCCCUCAGUGAAACAUAGCAGUUUCUCUGAAACAGCUAUGUUUUUAGCUGCAGGGUUAACACUAGAUGGACCUGCCACCCAGACCACUUAAUUGAGCUGAACUGGCCUGGGUGCAUAUAGUGGUCCUUUAACCCCUUAAGGACCAAACUGAAAUGUCACAUGUCAUGUGUCCUUAAGGGGUUAAAGGGACACUAUAGGCACCCAGACCACUUCAGCUAAUGGUUUACAUUGCAGCUCUAAGUCUGCCCCCAGUGGCUGUCUACCUCAAACUUUUUAAACAGGGGGCCAGUUCACGGUCCCUCAGACACUGUUGGGGGCCGGACAAUAAACAAUAUGAACGAAUUCCUAUGCACACUGCACACACACGCAUAAGGACAUAAAUACACAUACACACACAGACAGACACAAACAUAUACAUACUGAUAGACACACACACACAUACAUACACACACAGUCUGCCUGUGUGUGUAUGACUGUGUGUGUGUUUGUGUGUGUAUGACUGUCUGUGUGUAUGACUGUCUGCCUGUGUGUCUGUGUGUAUGACUGCAUGCCUGUGUGUGUGUAUGACAGUCAUACACACACACAGGCAGACAGUCUGCCUGUGUGUGUAUGACUGUGUGUUUGUGUGUGUGUAUGACUGUCUGCCUGUGUGUCUGUGUGUAUGACUGCAUGCCUGUGUGUGUAUGACUGCCUGCCUGUGUGUGUGUAUGACUGUCUGCCUCUGUGUGUGUAUGACUGUCUGCCUCUGUGUGUGUGUGUGUAUGUAUGACUGUGUGUAUGACAGUCAUACACACGACACACACAGGCAGACAGUCAUACACACAGACACACACACACACACAGGCAGACAGUGUGUGUAUGACUGUCUGUAUGUAUGACUGUCUGCCUGUGUGUGUAUGACUGUCUGCCUGUGUUUAUGUUUGUGUGUAUGACAGUCAUACACACAGACACACACAGGCAGACAGUCUGCCUGUGUGUGUGUAUGACUGUCUGUAUGUAUGACUGUUUGCCUGUGUGUGUAUAUGACUGUCUGCCUGUGUGUGUAUAUGACUGCCUGUGUGUCUGUGUGUAUAUAUAUUACUGUCUGCCUGUGAGUAUGACUGUCUGCAUGACUGUCUGCCUCUGUGUAUGACUGCCUGUGUGUAUGACUGUCUGCCUGUGUCUGUGUGUAUGACUGUCUGCCUGUGUCAGUAUGUCUGCCUGUGUGUAAGACUGCCUGCGUGUGUGUGUGUGUAUGACUGACUGCCUGCCUCUGUGUGUGUGUGUGUGUAUGGCCGUCUGACCAAUACACUCAUAUCACACACUGUUAAUACACCCAUUACAAAUACCACACACAGCCAACACAUAGCAUAUAUAUCACACACAGUCAUCACACCUACUAUCACAUACACAGGCAACACAAACAUUACAUCAUACAUGGAUGACGGGGGGGGGGGGGAAUGUGAAGAUUUUUCGCACAGGGCGCCUAAAGCUGGCCCGGCUGGAGGGUAUGUGGUAACAGAGACUAACAUCUAACCUGACCUCCAUACUAACAUAAACAAUAAUAUACGUCAGAUAUAUGCCACAUCACUUAUAUAUGUUCCUUUCCUAGCUGUGACCGUGGACUGCAAUAUUCAUGAAUAUACUCUUCGGUCUUUGGAGCCAGGCACUCAGUAUUCCGCAUAUGUUGUAGCAAGCACCCAGAUUGGAAGCACUAGUGGAAAUCUUGUUCACUUUAGCACACUGAAAUACAGUAAGUUCCACAAGACCUUGAACCAUGAAAUCACUAUGCAUUCGUUAACAAUAAUUCUUUACACAGAUGUGUAUUCUUAGAUAAAGCUGCACUGUCACGCUGAACUUACCUUUCUUCUAUUGUUUCCUCUCUCAUAAUCUGUUCUUCUUUUCUUCCUAUCUGAUCUAGUUUUCUUUAAAACAUAAAUCAAAGUAGGGAAUACUUUGUCUUAUGUAUUUUUCCUAUGCUUUACCUUCUUUUACCAAAGGAUCAGCUCCAUUUCCUGUGUUCAAAUAAAUUUUCCCACAAAAGAAGGAGACGGCAUACAAACUACUCACUCAUUGGUACCGCACACCUGAAACAACACACCACCUAAACACAGACGAGUCGCACCUCUGCUGGAGAUGCGACUGGGAGAUUGGCACACCCCUACACAUUUGGUGGAAGUGCGAACACAUACGACGUUACUGGCGAAGCAUACAUGACAUACUAUCUCGGUUCUCUGACGAUCCACUGCCACUAGACCCAGCGGCUAUGCUGCUACAUCACAACAAGGUCCCCACAUCUAAAUAUAAAAAAAUCCUUCACAAUUCUGUUCCUUAACAUAGCUAAACAGAUAAUUCCUCAAUAUUGGAAGAAACCUGAGACACCUUCACUGCACAAGUGGUUUACUUAGAUGGAGGAGCUACGAGCGUCGAGGAACUCACUAUGACUGUGGCUGGCCCGCAGCAACAGACAUACAUGGCAAUCUGGGCACAUUGGAUACUGACGACAGCAAAACCAGACUAACUGAUGAUAAUACACGGCCACCCAACAUAAAGAAGCACAUUGCAGACGGACACACAGACCGGUAUCUCAACUCCCUCCUCCCCACCCCCCUCCCGGCCUUCUUCCGAUUCCGUGCCCCUUCCCUCCCUUCCUUCCAUCUGUCCCUGCCACAUACUGACCCCCCUCUUCUUUUCACUUUAUUUUCUACCAACAAGAAAAGCGGACUUCUAAACAAAGGAGGAGCGGUCCACCAUAAUGAUAGAGCUAACACCUAAACACGCUUACCCAGCCCAACAGCUAUGGGAUGAUUAACAGAGACACAUCACAGAGACAUGCAAUCCAGGUGAUGCAUAAAGGCAGACAUAUCACUAGGCAUAGGACACCUGGAUUACAGGUUGUACACCGCGCACACACACACACGGAAGAACUAUGACACUUUAUCACAAGAAAGCGUGAGCUUACAGUGCUCUGAAACAUAGCAAUCACAGGCCGGAGCGCCCACACCACUGACACUGGCACAAGCACAACGCAUAUGAGCUACUAAUUUAUGCUGAAAGGGACCUGCGAGUCCACCAACAAUGUGGGCCUGUGAGCCCAAAUGAUUGUUAGCCUGUCAAGUCCAUUUCUUGCACAUGUGCUCUUUUUAUUAUGUUUGUUGCUUACAGAGACCUGUGAGUCUCAAUGUUAUUUUUUUAUAAAAUAAAUUUUCCCACAAUACUCACCCUUCCUCCAUGUUCUCGCGAGGCCUCCUUUCACUAUUCCCAAACGUCCUGUCAUAUAGAUAGUGUCGGCAAAUUCACAGAAUUGCAUGCAAAAUUAAUGCACGCAGUAUGUCCAUUCAUGUUCGAAUGAAAUUCGGUAAUUUUGUUUGGUUCUGAAUUUAAUUCAGAGAAUAAACUUCCAAUUCAAUUCUUGCCACGGCUGCAUCUUGCAGCAGUUUAGUAGAUUGCCCCCUAAUUCCCACAAAAAUGUUGUCACUCAAGGCCCCUUCCACCCAUGAGAGGUGGGGUGGGUUGGGGCCGGGGGUAAGAGACAGUAAUGCACCCACCUGCCGCUCUUGGGUGAGGGCCAGGGGUGUGAUGCAAUCGGUCCCCCCCAUUUUGUCAAUUAGGGCCACCACCCGCUGCUCAUGGGUGGAAGGAGACAAAAAGGUGCCACGCCCCCUUUUGUCACUUAGGGCCUCAGCCACCGCUUUAGGGUGGGGGGCGGUCGGGGACCCUAGAUCCCCAGAUUAGUUUAAUAAUCCACAGUUUAGUAGACAUACCUCUACUCACAGCAUAGCGAGUAGGACAAGAGGAAGAUUUUAAUCUCCCUUAUGUUAAUAUGGAGGUCAUAUGGGGAGGGGGGGUGAAGUGGCAGGGACCUAUGCUUCUAUUUUUACAUAUUAUAAAGAGGAAGCCGCGAGCCUGUAGCUCCCUCCUUGUAAUAAGCAAACAAACGAAAAUCUAAUUGAAAUUCGGUUUUCAUACAUUCUUUGUAAUUUCCUGUACACGUUUCGGACAAUAGUGAAUGUUCAAGUUUACAACUGGGCAAGUGCGGGAAUUUUACAGCACUAUCUAGUGUGGGCAUAUGACGUGUCCCACAGGACCUUCAUCUGAGAUGGCACUGCCUAGGACCAAGAUCUGGGCAUGAAAUAAAAAGUUAAAGAAAAAAAAAGGUAAAAUGCGACACCUAGGGGCAUUUGGGUGUGUCUACUGGGACAAUAAAAUGUAGUGGAGUCGGGUAAAAAAACAAAACAGGAAAAAAAAAAAACAAUGCGACCACGACAGUGCUGCUUUAAAUUAAGCAUACCAGGGUAGUGGUUCUGUCAAUCUAAAGUGGUAAAUCAAGAAUGAGUCCUUGUAUAAAACAAAAGCAACACAAUGUGAGUACAAAGUAAUGACCUCCCUCAUGUCUAAAUACAAGCCCACUAGCAAAAACAACAAUAAAAAGACCUUCAUAAUAAACACACCUCACCCAUGCUUUAUUGUGAAGAUGCCUACGGGAUCAAUGUUAAAAUUAAACUACAGAGCUAGUGACAAUUGAAGGCUGAUAAUUAGAGAGGGGGAUUCCAACUAAACUACAACACUAAAACAUAGACAGAGGCGACCAUCUUACCAUUGUUCUUUUUAGAAGUGUGACGGCUCACAUGAUCCCCAAUAUUAGUAAUAGGUAGUAUACAGAGAACAGACAAUUGGCAAUAAACCGUGAAAUAAGUCAAUAAAUUAUUACGUCUCCAAAAGCCUAAAUAUCCAUCCUUAGAGAAACAAAGUAACAGCUAAAUAACAGACAACAUUCUCAUUAAAUGGACCUGGCACAAUGAAUCAGCUGGUAUGAGGUGUCUGAAAGCCAAUAAUACUGAAUUACGUUGAGAAUACAGGCAAAGAGAAUGAGAAAGAAACACAUUUACUUUGGUUAGCAGGAGUAACACCCUGGUAAGCCUACUGCAACAUCCUAACUCCCUCUGCAGCUAGCUAGUAAAGAGACAGGAUAAAAGGAAGCAAUAAGCCAAAUUGCUACAUUACUAUAUGUGAAAAAUGUGAGAAACAAGUGACAAAACCGAGUAGGGAGUAAAAUAACAAACAGCCGAACGUGUGUUUCGGCAUAUUGAAAAUGGACUAAAACAAAGAACAGAUUCUAUAAAUUUGUCCAAAUACUGAAAGUCAACAGCAGCAAUUAAAGACUGACUUCUUAUCACUACAAUCACCAUCAAUCAGGAUGGUACAAUCACGACCAGCCUAUAUGGGAAACUAACCGCAACCAAUAUUCUCCUAAACUGGAGUCACCAUCCUCAUUCUCUUAAAAAGGGCAUUUCUGUUGGCCAGUACUUGAGACUGCAGCGCGAUUGUUCUUAAAUUGCAGACUCCAAGAGAGAAGACUAAAAAUGCACUGCAGUUUCAAGGAAAAUGGCUCUUCAAAAAGAUGUCUAAAGAGGGCAUAUAAGAGGGUGUUACCUACCCAAAUACCGACCCUCAUUCAGGAUCAGGUGGAAGAUACUUCAGACACCAAGUCACAUAUUAGGUGUAUAGGAAAUAUCUUACAUGGGUUGGUUUGCAGUCAAAUAUAUUCUUGAACGCUAUUGGCAGCUUUUGAGUCAAGAUGAACAUUUGAAGGAUGUUUUAACCCCACAAAUAUCUAUUACAGUUAGACAGUUGCAAUCUGCAAGACAUCCUUGUUCCAAGCUACUUCCAACUAAAAGCCCCACCAUUUAGCUGGCUUGGCACCAUGGUUUGCAACGUUGCUGUACAUAUCAGUGCAGGAAGUACAAAACUUGUAGGUAUAUACUAGAUAUUUGAAACCUUUUUUUCAACCAUUGAUCACUAACAGACAAUUAGUACAAGGUUUUUCUUUAAUUCCAACACAUCUAGAGUUGUAUACCUCCUAACCUGCAGCUAUGGGAUAAAAUAUAUGGUAUACCUCCUAACCUGCAGCUGUGGGAUAAAAUAUAUGGUAUACCUCCUAACCUGCAGCUGUGGGAUAAAAUAUAUGGUAUACCUCCUAACCUGCAGCUAUGGGAUAAAAUAUAUGGUAUACCUCCUAACCUGCAGCUAUGGGAUAAAAUAUAUGGUAUACCUCCUAACCUGCAGCUAUGGGAUAAAAUAUAUGGUAUACCUCCUAACCUGCAGCUGUGGGAUAAAAUAUAUGGUAUACCUCCUAACCUGCAGCUAUGGGAUAAAAUAUAUGGUAUACCUCCUAACCUGCAGCUGUGGGAUAAAAUAUAUGGCAUACCUCCUAACCUGCAGAUAUGGGAUAAAAUAUAUGGUAUAUACCUCCUAACCUGCAGCUGUGGGAUGAAAUAUAUGGUAUACCUCCUAACCUGCAGCUAUGGGAUGAAAUAUAUGGUAUACCUCCUAACCUGCAGCUAUGGUAUGAAAUAUAUGGUAUACCUCCUAACCUGCAGAUAUGGGAUGAAAUAUAUGGUAUAUACCUCCUAACCUGCAGCUAUGGUAUGAAAUAUAUACCUCCUAACCUGCAGCUAUGGUAUGAAAUAUAUACCUCCUAACCUGCAGAUAUGGGAUGAAAUAUAUGGUAUACCUCCUAACCUGCAGCUAUGGUAUGAAAUAUAUGGUAUAUACCUCCUAACCUGCAGCUAUGGUAUGAAAUAUAUGGUAUAUACCUCCUAACCUUCAGCUGUGGGAUAAAAUAUGGUAUACCUCCUAACCUGCAGAUAUGGGAUGAUAUAUAUGGUAUAUACCUCUUAACCUGCAGAUAUGGGAUGAAAUAUAUGGUAUACCUCCUAACCUGCAGAUAUGGGAUGAAAUAUAUGGUAUACCUCCUAACCUGCAGAUAUGGGAUGAUAUAUAUGGUAUAUACCUCCUAACCUGCAGAUAUGGGAUGAAAUAUAUGGUAUAUACCUCCUAACCUGCAGCUAUGGGAUGAAAUAUAUGGGGCAGACAUUUUGCCCUUUCAAAAUAAAAAUCCUGGAACAUAUGGAUACGGUCAGUGGGGUUAGACCUUAAAACACACCUUUUGCUAGACACCUGAAGUCACAGCUCAGGGGUUUAUCGGAUGGAAUAUGGUUCUCUGGUAUUGAAUUGAUCAAAAUGGGACAAAGCCUGAUAGUUGGGUGGUCUAGGAUUGUCUCCUGAUUGGCCUACCUAGAGAUGGAUUUCCUGCAAUCAUCUCCAGAGUAAAAUUUCAAUAUGGAAAUAUCCAAGAUAGGUUUAUGGCACUAUGACACAAAGGGUAAAUGAAUUUUAAAAAAAUGGAAAUUUUUUUAAAAUCAUGCUUUGUGGUGCUUAUUGUCUCAAUAUUACUGACACGCUGGGACUUUAUUUAGCAUGCUGCAAUAAAAGUGAAUUUUUAAUUUGGACUUGACUGCUAGCACAUCAUCUACAGCAAUCUUGAUAGGGAUUGUACUCACGUCUCCGGCUGCAGCACCAAUAGGUUUAUUCACUAAAUGUGAAUUGUUGAGAUACAAAAUAGGCAAACUAAAAACCAUAACUGACUUGCAGGUUCUUUUAUGGUUUGGCUAGAAUUUGAAAUUCACCUUUUUUGGUGAUAUUUACAAUGUUUUAUUUUUUUUAACAGAUAAAGAUGAUAUUGUCAGAUAUGGGGGAAUGGGGCUAGUCCUACUGCUCUUCCUGGUGUUUGGAAUUAUAUAUGCACACAAAAAACACAAGUAAGUAAAUGUUUUAUGCCAAUGUGUGAUGUACAUAUCGGUCAGAGAUAUAUGGGUAUCCAGUAAACAGGGAAAAUGCCCUGGUGACAGGAAAAAUGUUAAGUUCUAUUUCCAACCCAGGUAUUUUAGCCUAGAAUUUAGAAUACUUUGGUCAAUACACCUAAGGCUAUCUGUAGACUACAAGGUUGCAAGGCAUUCUAAAGCUACACUUAUCCUGUCCCGUCCCUCCUUUCUGACUUCUUGCCUGUAUUUAGAGUUACUUUCUGUCUCCUAAAAUUCCUACUAAUAACAGAAUGCCACGUUAUUUAAAGGUACAAUAUAGUCAACAUAUAAAAGCAAGAAAGACAGGUCCCCUAGCCUUCUUUCUUGCUUUUAUAUUAGUUUGCCAUAAAAAUAACUAAAUAAAAAUUCGAUCCCUUUUUUUAUUAAAACUUACCUCCAUACCAGCGCCGAGCUCCUCAUCAGGCACCGCCCCCUUUUUCAUCAAAAUGAUGAAAUAGCAGGGCCCAAUCGCUCUGUGGUGCGCAUGCACGGCUUCACGCUGCACCAGUCAGGAUGAACAAUUAUGAAUGAACUGAGCACUCUACCGCGCAUGUGAGCGGUAUGUGCGUUCACGAGCUGACUGACAGCUCAGCUCGCCAUCUAUGCACGCCCACCUCCUAGGGCAACCCUCCCAAGCCAAAGGUUUGUAUGAAAACACUAUAUAGAGAGAUAUCUCUAUAUAUAGUGUUUGUAUACAAACACAUUUUAAAUAAAAAUUGUUAAACAUAUACACACACACUAUAUCGCUCUCUCUCACUCACACUCAAUUCUUAAAAUAAGUUUACUUAUGGUUUGAGGUCUGUAGAUCCUCCUGCUCGGCCUUCUGCCCGUCAGCCCGAGCCCACGCUGUGCAGGACAUCGUUAUCUCACACACGGUCGGCGCUGAUUGCUGACAGGCACAGGAGGCGCGUUUACAGUGCCUCCUGUCUCCAGAUAUCACGUUUGAUGCAGUUACCCAAGCGUGAAGACGUCAAACGUGAUGAAUGCAAGUUAGGCAGCCCUGAACUCGGAAGUCCCUCUGGUGGCCGUCUGAGUGACUGCCACUGGAGGUGUUCCUAGCAUCCAAUGUAAACACUGUAUUUUCUCAGAAAAUGCAGUGUUUACAUGGGAAAGGCUGCAGGGAGCUAUAGUUCUCACCUGAACAACCUCAUUAAGCUGAAGCUGUUCAGGUGACUAUAGUGUUCCUUUAAAAUAGGAAAAAUUUAGGAAAACCGAAUACAAUCUAGAAGCAGUCCAAAUGUGAUCUGAACAGGUUACAUUUCUACUUUCCUGCAGGAGCUAUAUAUAUUUUCAUUAUAUAAAAAAAUAUUUUGCUGUCAUGUAGACAGGUUCAAUUGAAAGGGUAUUUCGACAUUAUAAAACCUUUUGCUAUUUUCAAAGAUGUUUCUAUUGUACGUUUACUGUAA